AUGGCAAGUGAACCAACCGAGUGCCAUAUCAAUAAGGACUCACCUCAAGUCAUGGAUGUAAAACCGAAACCGUUUAAACCUCCCGAAACAACCGAAGUCAAUCCGAAGCUAUUCCAAGACGACUUUCAAGCCAUCGAACCGAAGUCCGUCGCCGCUGGUGAAGUGCCGCAAACAAUCCUAACCUCGACUGGAACCAGCCCGGUCUUGAAUUGUAUCCCCGCCGGAAACCAUCCGGUGUUUAUGCCUUACCCGAUGUCUGCUGGAAUCCUUCCAGUAAUCAAGCCAUUCCUGAGGGGCGCCAGAACCUAUCCGGUGGUCCAACCAUCCCCGAUGUCUCCAUUCUCGAUGUCUGCCGAAACCAAUUCGGUGGUCAAGCCAUUCCAGAUGUCCACCGCAAUCCAGCCGGUGGCCAAGCCCUUCGUGAUGUCUACCGGAAUCCGUCCGGUGGUCAAGCCAUUAUCGAUGUCCGCCGCAAUCCAGCCGGUGGUCAAGCCAUUCUCGAUGUCCGCCGAAACCAAUUCGGUGGUCAAGCCAUUCUCGAUGUCCGCCGAAACCAAUUCGGUGGUGAAGCCAUUCUCGACGUCCGCCGAAAACAAUUCGGUGGUCAAGCCAUUCCAGAUGUCCGCCGCAAUGCAGCCGGUGGCCAAGCCGUUCCUGAUCUCCACCGGAAUCCAGCCGUGA